UCCACAUCAAAUCUCCCCCAAGAACUCCACUGCCGACCUGCUGCCGGCUCUCACAUCCCAAAGACUCGUCCGCUCAACAAGCAGUAGGGCGAACGCGGAUAAACCCAUCUUGUUUCAUCUAAAAGAUGAUCCCGAUCCAAUUGGAUGAACCCGAGAGAAACAACGUCUCCCCACAUGUUGGGUAACUUGGUGUCUUGGUUUCUUGUUGAUCACCUACAACACAGCCCUGUUCAGCGCAAUCACCGUGGCUGAGAUCCCAGGCCGGACCAUUCUUGGCCCAUUGGGACGAACCGUCGCUGUUGGUCCGCUCAUGCUUGGCAGCUGCACCUCUAUAUAAUUAGCAGUGGCCGAGCGAUGAUAGUCCCCAUCCGGCGGUGGAUUACAAGGCAGUAUGGAUGGUGGAGUUGCGAUAGUGCAGACUUUUGCAGGAUGGGACAGCGAAAAUCACGGAAUGUGACGGGUGCUGUUGACGUAGUGUAUUUGUUGGACAGAUUGCCGGGGUUCCAAUGGCCGCGUGGUCCCGUUUCUUGAUCACGUUGUCUCUGGGUCAAUCCGUCGACGGCGGAAUCUCUCUUGUCUAGAUCUAAACACAAAUGCCCUCCGUCCCGCACUUCCCCAGACCGCGUGGACGCAUGGGCUCUUGAUUUUGGAAACCCAUCUGAUAAUCAGACUCCUAGCGUCCGCCCCGAUGCGUUCCGAACUCGCUUCCGCCCUCGGUCUCUUGGCCGGCCUGCUUACGGCUGCCGAACCGGCAUCGGCUCGGCCGGACAUCUACGCUCGCUCACAACAGAUCCGACGUCAAAAUUCAGAAUGCGCUGAAGACCUAGCCGACGUCCUGGAUAAUGCGCCAACCACGUCAAUGUCAUGGGGGGCUACGGCUUGCGAUUAUACGUCUACACUCUCUGGUUUAGAACUCUCCGUCACCUAUGCCUCAUUCAGGAGUCGAAUGUCUUCUUGGUACAGCGACGAUCUCGACGACAUCACUAAGCUUGAAGCCAGCUGUACGCAGUACAGCUCUAUCUUUAAUCAGAUCCGGAACUGUUACGUGACCGGAGCCGUCCCGACCGCCGCCACAUCUACAUCAACAACAUCAUCUUCAACCGUGGUUACUACCACGAGCACUGGGUCUGGAGGCAUCACUACGGCGACUGUGACAACUACAUCGACACCUGACGGUGGAAGUGGUAUGGAUGAUGGCGCGAAAGCUGGACUUGCGAUUGGGAUCAUCCUUGCCGUUCUUCUUUUGAUGUUCAUCGGGUACAAGUUCUUCAUGAAAUAUCGUCAAAAGAAGUUAGCAGAUGCCGCAGCAAUGUCAUCGAAUGAAAACGUUGGACCGGAGAUGGGAGCUGCAGCCGCGGGAGGAGCAUUAGGUGCCGCUGCUCUGGGGAGUACCAAGUCACGACCAGAGCAAGGCGAGGUGUAUGCAUACAAAUCGGAACUGAGCGGAGAGUCGAGGCCAAUGUCCGAACUCGAUCCACGACCGAUAUCCGAGCUCGACCCAGCAGCAGCCGUUGCGGCCAGUAGGGUCACCGGCGUCCAUCGACAUGUCGCGGAGCUGGACCCUGAUCCCCCGACUCAGCUGAGUGAGCUGCCAGCUGACAACUACGACCCAACCGCCACGACGAAUUCGCCUCCCCCGGCAUAUGUCUCUCCGGUCACUGAUACGGGUACUCGAAAUACGCUCUACUCGGUGGUCUCGCCAGUGUCACCAGACUCAAGUACGAUGCGAUCGUCAGGAUUAGGCAUAUCUACAAUUUCAGAAGCAGAUGUCUCGCAGAGCACGGAUGGUAGUAGUGCAGGAGUGGUAAAUGGUGUUCCGACAACGCAAAGCGAGACAGUGCAACAGGGAUGGGGUAGAGGGUGGAUGCAAAGAGAUUGAACCAUUUGAAGGGACGCUUCUGCUCGAGACUGGAGCACGUGGCAAUGGACAUGAAGAUGAGAGCACGAAGCUCACCCACAUGUGAGCCACCAGCAUUGCAAGCGUGUUGGUGGUUCAUUCAAGGUUCGGGGUGUCCAAAGUCAACGGAUUUCUUGACAAUACUAUUUUCACGGCGGUAUAGUCAGACUGCCUAUACCUUCUGUUAGAUACCCUCCCAC